AUGGCUGAAGCGACUGCAGACGAAAUCGUUCCGUUAGUUUUUAAACCGCAUCGUAUUUUACCUAAAACUGAUACACGAACUCCAUUUCAAAGAAAUCUAGCCGUUUGUUUGAUUCUAUUAAGUGCUGGUCUUGAACGUUUAGCAUUUUAUUCAUUAGUUGGUAAUCUUACUUUUUUUCUUGAUUCAGCAAUAAUUAAAUGGCAAUUUCCACAUACUAUCAUUGCUCCACUUAUUUUUCUUGGUACAAGUUAUAUUUCUGCAUUAGUAUUUUCUUGGAUAAGUGAUGGCAAAUUGGGACGAGCAAAAACAAUUAUUAUCGGUUUUAUUAUAUAUAAUAUUGGUUAUAUAUUUAUGAUAUUAUUUGCAAAUGAACAUACACAUCAAAAUUGGUGUCCCAAACCUAAUAAUAAUACAGAUACAGAAACACCUGAUUUUAUUCAUGAACUUUGUAUUCAAUAUAUUCUUCCAACCCUUAUUUUUACUGCUAUUGGUGUUGGAGCAGUACAAGCUAAUAUGGCUGUAUUUGGUGCUGAACAAGUUCGAGAACAAAAAAGUAAAAUACGAUAUUUUGAUAUAUAUUAUGCAGCUGUCAAUACAGGUGGACUUAUAGCUUUUGGUGCUAUUGCUUAUAUACAAAUUAAUAAAGGUUAUUUUAUUGGAUAUUUAAUUCCUGGUAUAUUACUUAUUUUAUCUUUUAUAUUAUUUAUAAUUGGUUAUAAAUAUUAUAUUCAUAUAAAACCAUAUGAUUCUGUAAUUACAAAAUUUAUUCCUGUUAUUAUAAAUGCAUUUCAAUCAUGGAGAAAUUAUCGACGAAAUCAUCGUGGAAUAAGUGAUAAUAGUGAAUCACAUGCAGAAGAAACAAUUGUUGAAACUGAAGAACAUAAUGGUCGAUUUUCUGGUCGUAUUAUAAAUGAUAUUAAAUCACUUCGACCUAUUAUUGUUGUAUUUCUAUUAUUAAUACCUUAUUGGCUUCUUUAUGUUCAAGUUGAAACAACAUUUAUUGUUCAAGGUGCUCAUAUGAAAUUACCAAAUUAUUUUACAAAGAUGCCUGUUGUUUGGCUUUCUCUUGGAAAUCAAUUGAUAAUCAUUGUCACAAUUUUUCUUCUGAAUGCAUUUGUAUAUAAACGUCUUCAAGCUAGUGGGCGAUCAUUUCCAAUAAAUACUCGUAUAAUUAUUGGUUUAAUCUCUGCAGCACUUGCUAUGUGUAUGGCAGGUACGAUUGAAAUAGUCCGUCAAAAUGUGUGUAAAACUCAUAAUUUUACACAAAUUAUUGGUGAUAGACAAUAUCUAGCAGCUAAUAUGAGUGUAUUUUAUCAAUUUCCACAAUAUGUUGGUAUUGGUCUUUCAGAAGUAUUUACUUCUGUUGCUAGUCUUGAAUUUGCUUAUUUGGCUGCACCACAAUCAGCUCAAUCAUUAAUAAUGAGUCUUCGAUUUUGUUCAGCUGGUAUUUCAUCAUUAUUUGGUUCAGGUAUUGUUGGUCUCCUAUCCAUAACAGUAAGAUACAGAA